AUGGCAGACAUUCGCGUUUCAAUCGACAGGGGAGGCACCUUUUGCGACGUGAUCGCGACAGACGGCCAAGGGCAUAGUCCUUUCAUCUUUAAGCUUCUUUCAGAAGAUCCUGCCAAUUACCCAGAUGCUCCAACUGAGUCUAUUCGAAGGAUUCUGGAGAGGUUUGAAGGGAGGACGAUUCCAGUUGGUGAGAAGCUUGAUGCGUCAAGGAUAGCUUCAUGUCGUAUUGGAACUACCGUUGCUACAAAUGCGCUUCUCACAGGAAACGGCGAAAAGUUUGCCUUUGCAACAACAAAGGGAUUCAAGGAUGUUUGCGUCAUUGGAGAUCAAUCCAGGCCUGAGUUAUUCAAUCUCAGCAUUCGAAAGGCUUCAGUCCUCCACUCAGACGUGAUUGAAAUCGAUGAACGAAUCACCAUAGAGGACUACGAUCUCAAUCCGCACCCACUUAGCCAACAGGUCCUUGGACAAGAUCCCAACCUUGUCAAAACCCCAAGCGGAGAGACUAUCCGCGUCAUUAAGAAACCCGACGAAGACGCCAUUCGAAAACAGCUUUCAGAUCUUCGAAACGAUGGUUACACAUCACUGGCAGUCUGUUUCAUGCAUGCCUACAUCUUUCCUGACCACGAAAAGCUUGUAGCUCAAAUCGCCAAGGAUGUUGGUUUCGAAUUUGUCACCAUCUCGUCCCAAACAAGUCCAUCCAUCAACUUUCUCAACAGAAGCAACUCGACCUGCUCAGAAGCCUACCUCUACCCCAUCAUCCGACGAUACGUCGACAACUUUGAAUCUGGCUUCAAGGUGCCACCUGGGAGAGUGGAGUUUAUGUGCUCUGAUGGCGGACUCAAACAGGCCAACAAGUUUCGUGGCAAUGAAGCCCUUUUGAGCGGACCGGCUGGUGGUGUUGUUGGCACAGCUCGAUGCUUUGAUGUCAGCGAAGGUAGUCCUGUCAUUGGCUUUGAUAUGGGUGGCACAAGCACAGACGUCUCGAGGUACGAUGGGAAAUACGAUUUUCUUCAACAAACAUCCAUCGCUGGCAGAACCAUCAACCUAUCUAUGCUCAACAUUGCAACCGUGGCUGCAGGAGGCGGCUCCAUUCUCUUUGCAAGAAAUGGACUCUUGGCUGUCGGACCAGAGUCAGCAGGUGCUCACCCAGGCCCUGCUUGCUAUAGGAAAGGAGGUCCUCUGACAGUGACCGAUGCGAACUUGUUUCUCGGAAGACUAGUCUUGUCCUCAUUCCCAGCCAUCUUUGGCGAGUCUGGGGACCAAGAACUGGACACUGAAGUCGUGAGACAAAAGUUUCAGGAGAUUACCGCCGACUUCAACAUUCAGACUUCACAAAAUCUGACACCCGAAGAAGUGGCUUCCGGUUUUCUCAACAUCGCCAAUGAAACGAUGAGCAGACCCAUUCGAAACGCCACAGAGGCGAGAGGAUACGCCCCGGAGAGCCACAACCUCGUCAGCUUUGGAGGUGCAGGUGGUCAACAUGCAUGCUCAAUAGCCGAUAAGCUAGGGAUCAAGCGAGUUCUGAUUCACAAGCUAUCAUCUCUCCUCUCUGCACAUGGUAUUGCACAUGCCGAGCUACAGUACGAGACAUACGAACCGUAUGCGGCCAAGCUCAACGAUGAUGCCAUGGACGGUGUCAAUCAGCUUUUUGAAACUCUGAAGAAGAGGGUUGCUGCCGAACUCGUCUCUCAAAAGGCCUCAGAGGACAGUCUCGUGUUUGAUGAGUCGCUCGUGUUAAAGUACUUUGGCACCGACACAAACCUCUCCGUGUCAAAGCCAAAAGAUGGGGACUACGCCAAUGCCUUCAAAGACAUUCACAUGCGAGAGUUUGCCUUUUCCAUGAACCGACCAAUCAUCAUUGAGUCGGUCAAGGUCCGAGGAAUAGGCAGCACAGGAACUCAAGUUCGUGAGCCAACUGCCUAUCAGGAGAUCGCUUCUAGCAGACGAGAACUCUACUCGAGCCAGACGGCAACACAAAAGGUUUACCUGGAUGGCUCUUGGCAGGAUACAAGCGUCUUCAAGUUGGAAGACAUUCCUGAAGGAAGUUUGAUCGACGGCCCAGCCAUAAUUAUUGAUCAGACACAAACGAUUCUCGUCGAGCCGCUUUUCCAGGCCCAUGUUCUCUCAAACUAUGUUAUCCUGGACAAGACAGCCGCCGAAGAUCCAUCAAGCACCACGCCAGCGACGGCCGAGAACGCAACGACCGAGGCAGUCUCCACAAACCUCGACCCGAUCCAACUCUCCGUUUUUGCACAUCGCUUCAUGGCCAUCGCCGAGCAAAUGGGCAACACCCUCCAACGAACUUCAAUUUCAAGCAGCAUCAAGGAGCGCCUCGAUUUCUCUUGCGCCAUCUUCUCGCCCCAGGGAAAACUUGUCGCCAACGCCCCUCACAUUCCCAUUCACUUGGGAAGCAUGCAAUUUGCAGUACAGGCACAACAUCGCCAUUGGCUAGGAAAGUUGAAGCCAGGUGAUGUUUUGCUUACGAACCAUCCCUCCUGGGGAGGUACCCAUCUUCCUGAUCUAACUGUCGUCACGCCUGUCUUUGUCGGCGGUGAGAUUGCUUUCUAUGUCGCAUCCCGUGGUCAUCACACAGAUAUCGGAGGCAUGGGUAUCACGAGCAUGAUGCCUGAAUCCCGAUCCCUCUGGGAGGAAGGAAUCAUUGUCCCCUCAAUGAAGAUUGUCAGUGGCGGUGAAUUUCUCGAAGAAGACGUCAGAGCCACCUUCAACAAAGUAGGCACAUAUCCAGGAUGCAGCGCCACACGCCGUAUCCAAGACAACAUCUCAGACCUCAAAGCCCAAACUUCAGCAAACCAGCGCGGCAUCAUCUUGCUUCAGAAGCUUUGCAAUGAGUACACUCUUGAGGUGGUGCACAAGUACAUGGAGGGAAUCCAAGAUAACGCCGAGUUUGCGGUUCGGCAGUUUUUCAAGGGGUUGGCUCAGAAACAUCCCAAGCCUCUGACGGCAACGGACUUUUUGGAUGAUGGUACUGCCAUGAAGGUCAAGAUCACUAUCGACAAAGAAACAGGUGGUGCGAUCUACGACUUUGCUGGUUCUGGACCUCAGAUGUGGGGAAAUUACAACUGUCCCAUCUCUAUCACCCACUCAGCCAUCAUCUACACCAUCAGAUGCCUCGUCAACCUGGAGAUCCCUCUCAACGAAGGUUGUUUAGCCCCUUGCGAUAUUCGCGUCCCUGUAGGCUCUGUCCUCAAUCCUACUCCCGCCGUGGCCAUUUGCGGCUCAACGUUAGCGAGCCAGCGUGUGAUUGACCUGAUCCUUCGUGCGUUUGGUCGAUACGGCGCAAGCCAGGGCUGUGCCAAUUCAUUCGGCUGGGGCAUGGGAGGAAAGAAUCCGCAGACUGGCGAGAUCGAACCUGGAUGGAAUUACGGUGAAUCCAUUGGUGGAGGAGUUGGCGCUGGUGAAGGUUACACCGGAGCGAAUGGAGUACACGUUCACUCCACAAACACUCGACAGACAGACAGCGAGGUAAUAGAAAAGAGAACAGCAGUUCUCGUUCGCAAGUACAGCAUCAGGGACGGAAGCGGAGGCUAUGGUCGAUGGCGCGGUGGCAACGGCAUCACCCGCGAGAUUGAGGCUCGUACCAACCUCAAGUUCAGUAUCCUCAGUGACAGAAGAGUGUACCGUCCGUAUGGCAUGGCUGGAGGUCAUGCAGGACAAAAGGGCGAGAACAACGUCUUCAAGUUCAGCGAGGGGGGUGAGCUGGAGAAGAUGAAUCUUGGAGGAAAGGCCAUUGUUCAUCUCAAGCCGGGUGAGUAUGUGCAGAUCAACACGCCGGGAGGAGGAGGAUACGGGCGUCCAGAUGGUGAGGAGGAGGAAGAAGGAUUUGAUGACUUUCAUAGAGGAUUCGUAUAG